AUGACAUCGCAGCCUGAAUUCGAAAUAUUACCAAAACUUUUGCCACAAGUAAUAAAAGCAAUUGUUGAUUUACAUGAAUUAAAUGGAUCAACCAUAGAAGAUAUUAUUGAUCAAGUGAAAACCAAUAUGGCAUUUUAUGGUAUACGCUCAACAAAAAAGAAUAUAAAGGCACAAGUACAUUUAAGUUUACGUCAUGGUGUACGUUUAGGAUGCUUUCGUGUUGAAUCCCAAGGAAAAUUUCGUAUCAAUAAAUUAAAAUAUUGUGUACCAGUAUUAAAAUGUGUUCUGUCACCACAUUGCGUAAACUCAGCCAUAAACAGUCGUUACUUAUUACGUCAUUGCUCGAGCGACGUUAAAUUACAACAACAAUUACCGCAGCAAGAGCAAACGCAACCGCCACUACAAAAUCAACAGCUAAAACUGGUACCAGAAAGAAAUCAACAAACAAAAAAACAACGUUUGAAAAAAAAUUAUAAAUGUCCAUCAACACGUAAAACGUGUUCACUCCGUUGUCCAGAGUCAACUACUACAGCACCGCCUACAACACGCUCAUGCGGUUGUGUAACACGUUCAUCCACCAGUUCAAGGUCACAUCAACAAUCACCACCGCAUGUUGGUGAAGUGAUCAGUGAAAUGAAUACAGAUUUGGAUAAAAGUAUUUUACCAUUCUUUCGUGAUCCGCUUACAUCAUAUAAAAAGAGCAGUAAUACUUCAAUGAUUUGUAUUUAUGAUCCUGCUGGACAUAUGGGACCUCAAAUGGAAUGUGAUGAUACUAUACAAAUUACUGAUGAACCUAUAAAUGGUAAGAAUCAAAUAGAAAAUAUGGCUGGAACAGCAGAUCAAAGCAGUACUGCUGUAGAUGAUAUGUGUAGAAAUUCGAUGAUCAAAAGUAAUGCGCCAACAAUUCAAAGUAGCAUAGUUUCAACUAAAGUUAGUUUAUCCACAAUUAAUAGUGUAGCAUCGACAAGAGAUCAAAGUUUAGAUGAUGUUCGAAAACUAAAACAAACUGAAGGAGUUUUGAAGAGGCUUCAACGUAAAUUUGAUCAAUUACAAAGGAGCAUUUGGGGUGGCAAGAGUUCACGUAAUGCAAUAUUAACACCUGAGAAUAAAGAUUCACGUUGA